AUGCUGAUAGAUGCUCAUUGUCAUGUUUCUACCGAGUGUGAUCCUCUAAGAAUUGAUGAGUUGGUGAAGGAAUAUGCUCAGUUUGAAGAUUGUUUGAAGUUGAUUUUGAUGUCAACUAAUCAUAUCGAUUACCAAUAUGUUGACAAAUUGGCUCAAGGUUUAAGUGUUAUGGUUACACCAUGUUUUGGAGUCCAUCCAUGGUAUUCACAUUUGUUCUCACUUGAUGGGAUCAUUGGUAAAGAAGAGCAUUAUAGACAAGUGUUUGGGAUCAAAGAAGAAUCUAAUCUUGAUGAUGAGAUCUUGGAUAUCUUGCCAGAUCCGAUUGAUUUUAACCAACAUUUACAAAUAUUGAGGAAUUUGAUAAACAAGUAUGAUAUAGUUGUUCUUGGAGAGAUUGGAUUGGAUAAGUUGUUUAGAAUUCCAACUUCUGGGUUCUAUGGUAAUCCAAAGUUUAAAGAAUCCAAGGAUGUUGUUGGAUUAACUAAUUAUAAAACUACUAUGGAGCAUCAAAAAAGAAUAUUUAUCGAACAAUUGAAGAUUGCUGUUGAAUUGAAUUUACCCAUUUCUGUUCAUAAUGUAAAGACUAGUGGAGUUAUACAUGAUAUUAUAUCUAAGGAGUUGUUGAAAAGUGAUUAUAGUUCCAGUGUGUGUUUACAUUCAUAUACAGGUUCAAUAGAGACUUUGGAGUUGUUUUUGAAAAGUUUCAAGAAAUCAAAAGCAUCUUUUUACGUUUCAUUAUCAAAUUUCAUCAAUAAUAGUGAAGCUAAGAAACAAGAAUUGGAAGGGAUCUUGAGAGUGAUGCCUAGGGGCAAUGUAUUGACAGAGACAGAUAUGACUAUAGAUAAUAUGAAUCCAAUUGAACAAUUAAAGAGUAUUAGGGGAAGUGUAUUGAGAAGGGAUGAUGAAGAUGAUGAUUCCUUGAUUGAAGGUAAUUACCAUCGGUAUUUAGACAAUAGAUGA